AUGGCAACACCGCCGCCGUCUCCCGUUCCUCAGCCGCCCAGGCCCCUUCCUCCGAGCACCGAAGAGCGUCAUCUCUACUAUUACCACUUUCUUGCUGACGGCCGCCCUCUGCUCGUUGCGCGCACAAGCACAUUCGUCUUUGAGAAUCCGCUCAAGCCCGAGGCCAUAAUGUAUCCGAUCCCCAUCUAUUACACAAGAUCGACGCCGCUCAAGGACGCGUGGGCAGAUGAGCGAUCCGGCCUCAUGUCACAGGUCAUGGAUGCCAUCGAAGAGGUCGGCGUUUUUGACAGCAUCGAGCCAUCUCAUUUCUACAUGAACCAAGAGACGCCUGAGACGCUGGUCAUCAGCAUCCCCCCGAAAUCAAUGUCAUGGAACCGCGCAAUCGUCCUCGCACUGCGAUGCAAGGCGAUGAUGGAGGAAUGCGGCAUCCACAAUGUGCAUUGCGAGAUUCGGGAGUCUGUGUAUGACGCUUACUUCUUCUAA